AUCAUUUGAAGGGCGAUAGAUCAACGUUGAUUCUGAAGAGCGCCCAUAGCGUAGCCCACGAGUAAAUUAACCCUCGUGUUUAACCACAGCACUUUCCUUUAUAGUUGAAUAGUAAUAAUUCAACUAUAAAUUGUAUCAUCGACAUUGUUGCACAACCGAGCUGGUUAAAUAUUACAGAAUUGUUGUAUGCGAGUCUUCAGCUUCUGACGAUUUUUUUUUAUGUCGAAACACUCCGUGACGUUCAACUGUUGUGUCGAAUAAUGUUAUCCCAAAGUCAAGAAGUCUGAAAGUGUGUGAAAGGUCGGUGCUGAGUUGUGUUGUCGAGUUGCGUGUCAAAGCUCUGGAGCAGUGCGGACAGACCAGAUAUACAAGAAACACAAGACACACUGACCUUUGGCGGCACCGUGAAGUGGAUCCAGCAUGUCUUUAAUCAGAGGUGUGUUCAUUGUGGCUGCCAAGCGCACGCCGUUCGGGACCUACGGAGGAGUUCUGAAGGACCACAGCGCCACGGACCUCGCUGAGCAUGCGGCACGGGCUGCUCUGGCCGCAGGUAACGUGGCACCGGAGCUGGUCAACAGCAUCGUCAUUGGCAACGUCAUGCAGAGCUCUGCAGACGCUCCCUACAUUGCCCGGCAUGUUGGUCUCCGGUGUGGCGUGCCGAUCCCUGUCCCCGCCCUCACCGUCAACCGCCUGUGUGGCUCUGGAUUCCAGGCUGUCAUCAACGGAGCUCAGGAGAUCUGUCUGAAGGAGUCGGAGGUCGUUCUGUGCGGUGGGUCGGAGAGCAUGAGCCAAGCUCCCUACGCUGUGCGCAACAUUCGCUUCGGCACCAAGUUCGGAGUGGAUCUAAAGCUGGAGGACACACUGUGGGCGGGUCUCACAGACUUGCAUGUGAAGAUCCCCAUGGGCAUCACGGCGGAGAAUCUUGCGGUGCAGUACGAGCUGAGCCGUGAGCAGUGCGAUGUGUACGCACACCAGACCCAGCAGCGCUGGAAGGCAGCGCACGAAGGCGGCCAUUUUGCAGCGGAGAUCGCGCCCAUCGACGUGAAGGCGAAGAAGGGCAAGGUUCCCAUGACUCAGGACGAACACCCACGCCCCCAGACCACACUGGAGCAGAUGGCCAAGCUUCCCCCCGUCUUUAAGAAGGGGGGAACGGUGACGGCUGCCAAUGCCUCGGGCGUGUCUGACGGGGCUGCAGCUGUGGUGAUAGCCAGUGAGGACGCAGUGAAGCAGCAUAAUCUCACCCCAUUGGCCAGGAUCGUGGCCUAUCACGUGGCUGGUUGUGAUCCCAGCAUCAUGGGGAUUGGACCUGUGCCAGCCAUCACUGAAGCCCUGAAGAAGGCAGGACUGUCUCUGAAGGACAUGGACCUGGUGGAGGUGAACGAGGCCUUUGCUGCGCAGUACCUGUCCGUUGCCAGCGCGCUGGGGUUGGACCCCGAAAAGAGCAACGUGAACGGGGGUGCCAUCGCACUGGGACACCCCCUGGGGGCGUCUGGAGCCCGCAUCACUGCCCACCUGACACAUGAACUCAGACGCCGAGGCGGGAAAUAUGCUGUGGGGUCGGCCUGCAUCGGGGGAGGUCAGGGCAUCGCCAUCGUCCUGGAGAACGCACACUGAGGCCAUCCUGCCCGCGUUCCCCACCCUACUGCACUGUGAGGGGGCUGUCCAGCCUCUCACAGACACUAAUACCCGACAGACCGCUGAUCCGUGUGAUUAACAACCAACCACGGCAGUAGCAAGCCGUAGGUUCUUUUUCUUUUUUUGUUUUGUUUUUUUACAGGUUAUGGUGAGGAAGCUGUGAAUGUGCAGUCUGUUAAUGUUGCCUUAAAGACUCUGAAAGGGCUAAUACAGGGAGUGCGUUCAUGUGCAUUACAGUAUAUGCCGUUGUGCGAAUGAUUGAUUGAUUCAUUGAAUUUAUUUCCUAAUCAUCAGGACAAUAUAGCAACUUCGUUCAGUACCACUCUACGAAAUUACUAAGGGCUACACAAGAAAGCUUCUUUCCAUUGUGGUCCUUAAUAUGAGGAGUGGACCACAUGGCAUGGCAAUUUUACAUACAUUUCAGUGGAACCAGUCACUGCAACAAUGCAAUACAGUAUCAGUAGAACUACCUCUUGUGUCUUAGGCAUGAGCCUUAGGGAAACUCAUUAUAGAGCUUUCCAGUAGCAGAAACACAGACAGGGUAGCUUUCUCCCACACAGUACUCAGGGUUGCAGACGCACGCACACGCACACACACAUCCUUGACUGGCUGGAAUAUGUUCAAUGAAACCACAUCAUUGCUCCUGUGAAGGGAAAACAUAACUUCUUUUGCCUUUUUUUGUUUAGUGUAUGUUUUCCCAUCCUGCUUUUCUUUUGCGUCCAUAUUCUCUCAUUCCAGAGACUCUACCCUGGUAUAGGUCACACAAACCCCAAUGGCCCUUAAUGUUUAUUCAUUGUUUGGUUGUUAAAUGGGGUUGUUUGUUAAUAAAGCCAAAAUGUAAAA